CGAAAAGCAAACACAGCGUCGCUAUAGUAACGUAUUAUUUGGAUGCAGGACUCAAGUAACACUAGUGUGUGCAUAUAACGCGUAGUUUUAAGGAAAGUGUUGAAAGGGCAGUGUUUCGAUACCCAGAAAGUUGAACAGUUGAUUUUAACAAGCGUUUUAUAACACCUUAUUCGGGUUGAAAACAAGCCGAGAGCUCUCUUAUUAGUGAAAGCAAUAGUGGGCUUUAAAAAGACCAGCGGAGAAGAGAAGCGGAAACGACACAGAAAAUCCCCUCAACAACAUCGCGAGCGCCCACGACACAGUUUCUCCACAAAAAUGGACACAGCAGAUUUAGAAUUAACAAUUACCUCGGCGGAGCUACACAUUAUGAGAAAUGCGUUUGAUAUCUUUGACAGGAACAAAGAUGGAACUAUUGACCACACGGAAUUUGGACGGGUCCUACAAGCGAUCGGCUAUACGCCAACCAUCUCUCAGAUUCUUGAUAUUCUCAAUGCGUUUGACAAGAAUGGAGAUGGCGCGAUCGACUUCGAUGAGUUUGUCACGAUGUCGCGGUACUUCAGAGGAAGAGGGGCAGAGAAACUGGAAGAAAAUCUCAGACAAGCUUUCCGGGUAUUUGACCGUAAUGGCGACGGGUACAUUUCUGCGGAGGAGCUUCGCGUGGCCGUCACAACUCUUGGAGACGCCCUGACACAAGAUGAGGCAGAGGAGCUUAUAGGAAUGCUCGACCAGGAUGGUGACGGCAAGCUGGGAUACGAGGAAUUUGUCGUCAUCGCAAAGAAAUCGCUGAAGGAAUGCAUCAAGGCGCUGGAACAUAGAGGCGGAGAGUCGGGACUGAUACAGCUUUCUCAUUAGAAAGGCAACAAAAUUAACCCAAAACGCCCCUUAGCGCCCGCCAUACAUCAAGGGGACUAAGCAACAUAAAAUAUAAAUAUUCAAUAUAGCAUUCCCUUCCCAUGAGGGUACUCGAAAACUUAAAGGAAUGCGAAUAUUUAAUUCCAUCAAUUUUAUUUAAAGACGGUCAUUUGCAGGAGUUAAUUGAACCUUUAGCCGACUUGCACGACAGAUCACGUGACUUUUGGGUUGGCAAACUCGCACGCGCGGUAAAACAGAAAAUUUGUUUGUCGGAAAGGGCUUAUUUUCAUUUAAAGAUUUCAUGUUUUCGUCGUUCUCUGGCGUGACAGGCCCAGUCUUUUUUUUGUUUAUUUUGGCUUGAAUUUGACACCCAAAAGUCACGUGAUAAGUAAGUGUUAGUCGCUUAUUGUUGGUGAGAUGGAGGCCAGUCCUCAAAGAAAAUUUAUUCCAUGGGAAGAGUAGGGUUUUUUUUUCUGGAAUAGCACAAUAUGGCAGAACAAUAGCGAGAUUUGUAGCUUAUGCUUUGAAUUUUAAUUUACAUGGUCAUACGCGCAUUUACGAUUGAACAUAAUAUGCGAGUAAUGUCUCAGGAAUGUUGCCGCAUACUAAGCUCCCUGCAUUUGAAAUUUUGAUUUUUAUCAUUUUCUUAGCAAUUCGUAGGCAACAUUUGAAACAUAUGAAAUAUCUGAAAAGUUCUUACAAUGCGACGCGCGCUACCGUGGUUAUCUUGACAUUUUUGAGAAGUAGGCCAAUAGCAAUGCGAAAAACGCAUGCUUCAGUGCUUCACGGUAGAAGGGUUUUCAAUAGGGAAUCUGAAAAGCAAGACGGCCAUUGCACGAAAUCGAGGCUUCUUUUAAGUAUCUCUUCGCAGUGCUCAUGCGCAAGUUUUUCGUCAUGUCAGAUAAUCGGCAAAAGCAACCUGGACUUGGACCUACUUCUGGGCGAGUUUGUUUUCGCUGUUCGGCAAUCUAGACAAUCUACAUCCUCUUUAAUUGUCGGUAAAGAACAUCGGCAAAAACGAAGAGGGUUGCAGCCCCCCCCCCCCCCCCCCUUGGAUAACGCUUGGCCACCCUUCUAGCCAAAAGCCUGUAAUCCAGCUCUAGAUUUGCUGGGCUGAGAACAGUUUCUCUUGAGGUCCCAGUGAGAAUUGCUUGUUGUUGCUGUUUAAGCCCACGGGCCGUUUUCUUUGCUGGAUUCGUUCUUUGAAUAGCUGAAUUACAUGAACCGGAAUGGCCGUAAUGAAUAGACUUCUUAUUUUCUUUAACAACAACAGAGAAGUGCGGAACUUUCUCAUCACGUACCGAAAUAUCAUUUCUAGAGUCACGCUUAAAAUGGCGAUUGUUUCUUGUUCUUUCUUUCGAUUCAAUUUUUCUUGGCACAAGACAUUGUGAUAUCCCUUUUACAACAAGAGAAUCAGACUCCUCUUCGCAUUCUAUUUCUCUAACUUCCUUUCUGGUUCCGAGAAAAAAGGAAUCUUCCUGGAAACGCUUAGCCUUCCAGUCAAGUCGGCUUUCCAGACUUUUCUCAGCAUCCUCGAAACCCUGUAUGACAUUUAGCUCCUCUCGGUCCGUGGUGGCACUACGAAGGCAUGUAGUUCUUAGAAUACUGCGACUUCCCUUCAUUCCACUUCCAAGAAACUUGCGGUGCGGCACUGAAGCAAUGUAACAAGGAACUGCCUUUUAUGGCUCAAAAAGCGUUCAUCAAAUCUGAGCACACCUUUCCGUUUCAACGAUUAUCAAACAUGUUGUUUGAUAAUCGAUAUUGUUUGCAAUAUUAUAAGAAAGUUCUCCUUAAUAAACGUUCAGAAAGCUUGAUCCAUUUUAAGUUCCCUCUUGCUUUACGACGGCAAUGUCAAAAGUUUCAUUACAUUUUCAACUGUAUAGAAUUUUAGCACUGAGUCUUAAAGUAAACGGAGUCUGGGUAAAUAAUGCUUAGGAAUGAGCCAAAAUCACGCAAGUCUAUUGAUGGCAUUAAUCCGUAAAUCCUCCUAAGCCUAUUUCUGUCUAUGAUAUGGCCCGGCUAAAAUCAGACAGCUUUUAUUGGAGUCGCAAAAAUAGAAAUAAAUAAAUAAAUAAAUAUACAGCACAGGUAACUUAAACGCUUAGGUAUAAUCCAGAGAACAGUUACAAAAGCAGGACCGUAAGAAAGCGUAAGAAUUUGAGCCAGGUAUAAUGAGCAAAUCUAUCACAAAAACCUGAAGCAUCCAAGCCUAAGAUAUAUAUAAAGAUUUGGCACUCUUCAAUAAACAAGGCAAAUCAGUAAAAAGUGUAUAAAAAUAAUAAAGAUAGGAAUAUUAAAUCUACGAGGUGAUGCAGUAAAGCAAUAACAUUCCCCCA